AUGAUCCGUCCGGGCCAUCCACCUGCGGCCUCCCCCGUCUCCGGUCUUCUUGACUCUGUCUUGACACCGGGCCCAGGCGGGGGAGGAGGAGAGAGUGUAGGUAGAUGCUACGCAAGUCUACUGGCACUAUAAACCCCUGCGUAAGUCACCGUCCCUGCUCCCACAAUGCAGUCUGUGGGGCACACGGUGGUCAUCGUCGAAAUCGACGGACGAACUGUCGUGGGUGUUGAGUCGCGUUGUAGUGAGCGAGGGGUUAUGAAAAAAGAAAAAUUCAGACACAAUUGGUCGCCCUUCCCCCCACCCCCCUCAUUGUUGCGUUAUAUGAACCGCCGUCUAUGCUACCGGCUGGAGAAAUACUAGAAGCGUCGUGUAUGGAACUCGCAAGGCUAGUCUACGCGUCAUCUUAUCAUCUGUUUUGUUGGGAAUGAGGAAAAAAUAUGUUGGAUAUUAUAUUGCGCGAUUAAGAUGGUCUGGAAAUUUAUAAAACUGGAAGCCACUUUUGUUUCCCAAUAGAGGCGAAUACGCAACUUAAAACGACUUAGCGAAUAGUGAUAGAAUAGUAUAAAACUUGGAAAUUUAUUGAUAAGAUCUCAAGCGAUGUAGAGGCGAAAUAAGUCUUGUUUAAGUUACUUUUGGUGAAAUUAAAGUCUUAUCUUAAUGACCGGCUUUAAAUGAGAAUAUUCUCCUUUUUAUGGUUUGCAAAAUUAACAAUAUUGUUCAAAUCAACUGCUUAAUUUUAUGAACCUCAUGCGGUCUCCUCUUCACACCGUAGAGAAAUGCAUGCAAUAUUGUUAAAUUUACAAGCCACAUUCGUAAAUGCAGAUACGUGACGUUUAAUGAACGGCCAUUUAACGGUAUUAAAAAUCUCACAUAUAGUAUCUUUUUUAAAACCGAAUAUAAUCUUCUUCCGAGUAUAAAAUCGGAAGAAGACGUGAUUUUCUACCGAAUAAGUAAAAUAAUGACUAUUUUUAUGCAUGUUUUCCAUGAAAUAUAAUUGAAUUUUCAAGGGCAUCGAAAAUCAAUGAAAAAUUGCAUGCUACAUAAGUGGUCAUUUUUUGCAGAUCUUGCAUGCAGCCGAAAAUAAGUUCUUUCGAAAGCCGACACCCUGUGGUAACUGAAUCAUUAUAGAUUUAUGCUGCAUCAUGAUUAGUUUUACAACACUACUAAUUUAUCUUUUCAAAACGAGAACGCAUUUCGAAAUUUCGGUUGACAUUUCAUGAGUUAGCACAUCUACUGUAUGCUUGCAAUCCAGUUCGAUAGAUUUGGAUCGACCAUUGUCAGGUGGCUCCCUUCAACGGUUCCAGAACGAACUCCUGAACAAGCACAUUCUUUUGUGUAUUCGGGUGGAAUAGGCUUCCAGUCAAUCCCUUUUAAAGCUUGAUUGUCAGUGCGUAGACUGGUUGAUGUUGGCUACUAGGCCGGGAGGCUACGGCUCAGUCUCCUGUUUCUGGGUCGAUAAUCGCGAUCUGCACAUAUACGUGUGAAAGAAGACUAUUGGCGAGGACAAGGGGGAACAGAAUGACAAUUUCCGACUUAUUGGCCGUCGUAUAUACGCAUUUGAACAUAUUUGAACAUCGCAAGCGACAGGACGCCCCAGCUCGUGGUUCAGUGGGUCAUAGUUUGACCCAACGACUGAAGAACCUGAGUGUGAAUCCCAGGUGAUCCAGAAAUCCGCGGUUGGGAAGGGAUGGCUGGUGACGGUUGAUGGGCAAAAAUGAUCAUUCCAGUUUCUUAUGUCUUUUCAGGCACACGUUUUACCAUAUGUGCUUAUAUCAACUUCUUCUAUCGAUAUUAUUUCUUUCUGCAGAACCCUAUUCCAGCCUCAAAAACAAGGGAGGUAGGCAUGUCCUGCAAUCCGAUCGGCAAAAGCACCUCCAGCAUGAUUAAUAUUCCCGAUCUUUAUUGACAGGCCAACGAGCCCAUGACUCAGAUGGUAGAGCAUUGGGCACAAUAACGCUUGAUGGCUAGAGAAAAGUCAGUUUGAAUUUAAGGUGCUCCCAGGUUCGGGUAUGGCUGACGGACGAUGAUGAAUGAGGCAGAAAUGGCCACCCAAUCUCCCUUUUCCUUUUCCGGUAAGCCCCUCCCCGCCUACUCGUGCUUGCAAGGCUCUCGGCCAGGCUCUAAUGCACAAAGGAAUGAUUAUGUACCGGAACCCGAUAUGCAAACGCACUUUCAGCAUACGAAUAAAUAUAACAACACCAGCGAAAACUUUACAUCCAGAUAAAUUAUACACAUGUUUGGAAAAUAGGAGGUUGGUCGGAAAGAGCGAGUUUUUUAAUGAAUUUCUAAGCAGGCUACACGAAACUGUUGGCAGACUUUGUGAAUAUCAAGAGGUAAUACUAUCCUGCCUAUAUAACGCGUCACUGUGCGGCUGCUGGCGGGGCUCGAAAGAGAUCUCCAAGGCACAAUGGGACGAGUGAGUUCGCAACACAACGGGUGAGCGCCCUCUAUACCAUUGUAUAUUCUCGGUCGCAACCGACGGGGCAAGGAGCCGGUGGCAAAGCGGUUAGAGGCGUUGGACUUCUAACUAACGGGUCUCGGGAUCGAUCCCCAGGUGUCCCACACUUCCGGACUGGGCAUGACUGGCUGACGAUGGCUGAUAAGCCAGAAAUGGUCAUUCCAGUCUCCCUUGUCCUUGUCGGUACUGCUAUUCUUUCUCAAAAAUUCGCCAUUCCCUCUUUAACGGAACUAACCGUAAACAAAAUACCUAAACAUUUCUCCACCUCCAGCACCUAUGACAACGCUACAUUCACACCAUCAUAUAUACGGCUGCCUGUCGAUAUAACUUCUGUGCCUCCAAAUGUUCUAUGCUAUAAUUUUAGCGGACGAAGUGUUUGUUUAAACGGCUAGACCAUUUACGAGAGUAACGAGACUUUUCCGGAAGGCCACCUAUAUUUCUUUAGAGGCUCUCUGAACGCGUGUUACCUCAAGUGUGCAUGCAUCUGUAUAUCCAUAUAUAUAUGUGUGGAAGAAGAAGGUAAGGCAAUCUCUGGGGAGGGAAACUUAAUUAUCUGAAGUCUCAUACUCGUAAUCGAACACAUCAUCGGAGGUAGACAAAAUGACAAAUGCAUGGUUCAAAUAGGUCCUUCGGCGUCACUCCCAAUAGGUCCAUCCCACUCUAUUCUUACUGGCUCUCCUCUCGCGUGAAAAUGGAGCCCGACGGCCUCAUAUGGCGCUGGUAUGUCGAUACUGCGGUUGAUCGAAAUGGCUUGACUAAGCGGCGGAUAGUGACCUUCGGCCAAUGCCCAACACUCACGCUUAGCGGUCUUAGCAUGUAGGGCAGAACACGGAAGAUCUCAGGUCUUUGUUCUUGUUCACGGUUGGUCUUCGUUUUUCUUUGGCAUAAGCAUUUGUUUACAAAGCUUCGAAGAAAUACAUUGGCAAGGAAGAGGUUCCAUAGGGGCUUUACGCACCCGAAAUUACUCGACUUCUGUGCUGCAGUGUGUGUUGAUGAAGCGAAAAAAGUGUCCGGAGGCAACUACGUUUAUGCGACAGGGGAUAGUUGCUGUUACAGUAAAGAAUUUUCUCCGUCACUCACGUAAGAUAAGGCACGGAAGAUUUCAGGUUUUUGUUUUUGUCCACCGUCGGCCUUCGUGUGCCUUUGAUACAGGCAUUUGUUUAUGACACUACGUGGGUACCCAUUAGAGAGAAAAAGACGACAUAGGGAUUUACGCUUUCGCAGCUUUCCAUCCUCUGUGCUGCAGUGUGUGUUGAUGCGUAGGAAGAGUGCCCGCACGCAACUGCGCUUAUGCGACAAGGGGUGGUUACUGCUGUAAUGGAGGAUUUUUGCCGUAUCAGUCGCCUUUCGAAAGACACCAAGCUGGAGGGCUCCGUCUUCUUGUCUCGACUCCUGGACAUCCAGAAAAAGGAUUUCUUUGCCCAUUUUUUCCUCCAUUGUGAACGGAAUUUGGGGAAAAAUUGAGUUCAAUUUCCUUUAGAAGGUUUUUUGCGUCUCGACGUAGGAUGACAAAGGUUUCAUCCACAUAGCACAUCCAAACCUUCGGCUUGUAGGACUGAAAUACGCGAGCUUCCAGUUCCUGCAUGACCGCUUCAGCCAGGUAGCCGGAAAUCGGGGAUCCCCUUGGGGCUCCCUGGAUUUUCUCCCAAAUAUGCCCAUUAAAAGUGAAGUAUGUGGGUAUGCAGUAGUCCAGUAGUUUCAUCGCGUGCUUCCUCUUAAAAGGGUUUCUCUCUCUUCUUCGUACCUUCUCUCUACUUGGUCAUCGACAACACUUAUGGCUAAUUCUUUAGGUAUGGAGGUGAAUAGAGUCACGACGUCAAACGAUACCAUUAUCUCGUCGGGGGGCUAUUAUAACGCCUUUGAGUUUUUCCAAGAAGUGUGUUGCAGAUACGGUUGUAUGCUUUGAGCCGUCCGUCAGCCUCUUUGAAUGCUUGACGAGCCAUUUAGCCGGCCCGUAGGCGUGCCUUUCAGCGCCACUAUGUGCAUAUGUACAGUACCUGUGCUAACUCAUGAAAUGCCGAGGUCAAAAUUAUAGUGGAAACUGUAGCGUAUUUUUGGUGUUGUGAUUUGUGUUUAUUUAGUUGAAAUAAGGACAAAAAGGCCGUUUGCUGAAGGAAAGUUUGAUACGGAUCUGUAUAUUAAUUAGAAAACGGGCUGAAUUUGGGCGAAAUCGGAGGAUUCCUGAUAUUCAUGCAGUUUCCUACGCUAAUAAAGAUUUCGGAUCGAAAUUCUUUGUUUCACCUUAUUAAUCUGUUUAAGAAGAUUAAUGAAAGGAAGAAAGUUUUUAAUAAACUUUCGUACAAAAAUAAAAAAUUAAAUUUCAAUAUCAAGAAAAUCAGGGAAAUGCAGAUAAAUUAUUUCUUAUUUUGUUCAGGAAAUAAGGUGCCAUUCUUCAUCUAAAAAUUCUAUUUUACAAAUCCGUAAAGUUUUAUGUUUCAAAAUACCGAAAUAAAAAUUUUUGUCAGUUUGAUUGUUUUACCAGACCGAAAAUGCGUAUCGUAAAAGAAUAUAUAUUGAGUUCGCGCGACAUGCCGUCACUUUUCUCUAUCACGCCAAACGAUACCCAUGUCUAAACAAUACUUGUCCGAAGUUGACUUCCAGCGGAUUAGAAAAUUAGCGGCGGAGGGAAGCCCGUAUGAGUCGUUAGCUAGUAUUUUCAAUAUUAGUAAGGUCACUCUGUGGCGCAUUAUUAAUGAUAAAACUGUUCCUAGAAAUAAGAUAGGGUGACCCAAACGGUCCACAAGUAAGCAAGACGACGAUUUUAUUCGUCGUACAUUAAAAAAGUUUCAUUAUAUGUCCAUUGGGACCAUUCAACGGGAACAUCUGCCGAUGUUUUCUAUGAACACCAUUAGGAAAAGGAUGAAGGAAUUUGAACUGCAGCGGCGGAAGGCCAUGAUUAAGCCAUAUUUAAGUAGAAAAUUGAUUAGAGAACGGCUUUUAUUUGCUAAGAAUUAUAUUGAUUACAGAUCUUCAUUUCAAAAGAGCACUUUAUUCUGCGAUGAGGUUUUACUUUUAGACAAGCCUACAAAACCGCUCCAAACCGUCAUAUGUGGAAAGAACUUCCCAAGAGAACACAGUACACCGACGGCAACAUUCAAGAACUGUCGGCGGAUGAUGGUUUGGAUGGCGAUUAAAUUCGGUGAGCGGCCUGCCUAGCGGUCAACAUCCGGCACCAUCAACAGCAAGGUGUUUAUUGCAAUUGUCAAGGAUGCUUUCGGCUACAACGGCAUAAGUCGGCGCCGAAUGGAUACUGUAAUUUUGCACGACAAUGCACCUGUCCACCGCUCUAGAGAGGUACGAAUUUGAUGCCGCUUGCAAAUAUAAUCUAACAUUUUAGACAACAACCACCGUCUCUGCAAUUGGCCUCCAAACCAUUUUCAUCCCGGCCAACAGUUCCGAUUUGAAUCCUAUCGAAAAUCUUUUUGAAAUAGUCAAAAGAAAUUGGCACAAAGUUAAGGAGACUCUUUCAAUGCAGGAAGAAUUGGAUUUUAUACUCAAUAAUUACAUUUUACAAUCCACCAUAGAUAACCUCGUCAUGUCUAUGUCUGACAGACUUUCUGCCGUUAUUAAUUCAAAUGGACAUUCAACAAAGUACUGAUUUUUUGUAACUGUUUCUGUCCUUAAUUAUUUUUACCCUUUUAUGCGUCCUCCUCCUUUAUACGCCCUCAUACGUAGACUUUAUUAACUUGGUUGUAAUAUAGGCGUUUCUCGAAAAUGUGAAUUUUUUCGAAAAUUAUUUAUUUUUAUCUCAGUAAAUAAUAUUUUCUAAACCAAACUUUGCUUUAUUUCUUUGACACGUCUUUUAUUUUCCGCUAUCAGACUUUGGGAGCCGUUGUGUUUACCGAUUCUGCGUUAAAGUCGUUAAUCUGUGUUAAUUCAUGACAUUUCAUGAGUUAGCACAGGUACUGUAUAGUAUAUCAAAAAUGGGCUCACUGAUCGUUUUACGGGACAAACUCGUUCCGUUGUACCUUGAGGCUUAAUCUAUAGGUUUCAGAAGCAGACCCAAACGACCAACCUUACAUGUAAAUGGGGAUCACUGUCCUAGCAACGCCCGAUGAUCAGGGAACUCGGCUUCCAAUCGCAUAUCCUGUUAGAGAAGAAGGCCCGAGAAAUCCCCAAAGCUGACUGGCAUUGACCAUGGCGACCACUUCAAUGGCGUACGGACGGAGUCAGUGAUCGCUUUCGAGAGUAUGCGCGGAGACGGGGCAGAGGGUUCCGCCGACGGACAGUCUGUUUGUAUUUAUUAAUGAAAGCCCACACACGUCGACAAUUAUAACCAAAAUACACGUGGGAACAGCUGGCGCAAUAAAUGCCGCAAGUGACGUCAGUCUGUUAUUUUUCAGGACAGAUCGGCUGUCUUUUAGUAGUUUUUGAAUAUUACGCGGUUAUUACAUAGCAGCUGAAUGAUUUCAGUACAAGUAUUCCUUCCAACCUUUGGACCAGGCCUCAAAAGCUUUUUAAAGUAUUUUCUUCACAUUCACGAACUAAUUUUUGAGGAAAUCAAAAAGGGUAGCACUAUCAACUAGAAUAUAUGCUAGAAAUAUACCAGAAAUAUUCGAUGAACGGAAGCCCUUGCAUCUGCAUCCUGCAACGGCAUAAGGCUAGUGAAACACGCGUGUCAGGUCUUUUAGCUGUCAUUUGUGCUGAUGGUAGGAUAAGUCAUUCAGUAUUUGUAAGUAUUGGACCCCUUAGUUGGUAGGGGUUGGUUACGCUAUUCUAGUCUCAGGUGCAAGCACAAUGUCAGUAAAGUAAGCCGAAGGAGGAUGCUGAACUGGUUAGUGGAAACCCGCCAAGGCUAAAACGGAAAAGGGCAACCAGAUGUUUCGUUUUAGAGGUACGGUUAUUUUUAAGGUUUGGGUUAGUGUCAGGCUAAGAAUUGGGUUUAGGGUGAGGUUUGUGUCAGGUUUAAUGGUUUCGAUUGCAGUUUGGGUUUGCGUUCAGUGUUAGGUUUGAGGUUACUGAUAGUGUAAGGGUUAGGGUAACAUUAAAGUUAAGGUUAGGGUUGUGGUUAAGGUAGGACUUAGGGUUUGGAUUAGGGUUAAGUUGGGAGUUGGGAUUUGGGGUCAGGGUUAAGGUUAAGCUUACGGUUAGGGCUAGGUUUAUGGCUAGCGUUAGAUUUAUAAUUACGUUAAGGAUUGAGUUUACAUUUGAGGUUGCGAUUAGUUUUAUCGUCAUGUUUGGGGUAUCGCUGCCCCGAGUGUCCUGACAGCCAGGUCUUUUGCGGGAAUUCUGGGCCUGCUUUAAUUUUGCGGCAGAUUUGUCAAUCAUCCAUGGUCAGCGUUAGAUUUGUAAUUACGUUAAGGAUUAGGUUUACAUUUGAGGUUACGGUUAGGUAAAACGUCAUGUUUGGUGUAUCGCUGCCCCGCGUGUCCUGUCAGCCAGGUCCUUUGCGGGUAUUAUAGGCUUCCUUCAAUCUGGCGGCAGAUUUGUCUGUUUCGACCUCGGCCACUUGUCCCAUCAACGAUUUCAGCAUCCCCUUUCGGUUUACUUCACGUUCAUCGUCCACACUGCGCUUACACUUGGAACCAGCAAAGCGUAACUGAACCUUGCCCCUUUCUUUAAAUAACAUUGCGCACAGUGAGAAUGUUGCCAUGAGGGUGAUGCAGUUAGCAAACUGAUCUUUGGUAAUGCCUUUAACUUACUCUUACUUUUACUUACAAGAUGUUCUCCUGCGAGGUCGCUAAAUCUGAUUCGAAGAGGUCUCGCCGGCAGAAGAAUGAGGCCAACUCAUAUUUUUGUACGUAUGUGGACUUUGCAGACGAUAGCAGAUCUGUUCUACAAAUCUCUGUGUGUGUGGACGUAGGCACCUGCUUCUCUGACCGCCUCCGACAAAAAGAGCCGACUGCAUUACUUACUAGAGGAAACAGGGUAAAACCAAUAACCUCUGAAUUCUGACCACAGCAUACUUGUUGCACCGCCUAUUACUCGCCCUCACACACACACCAUUCUCUCGCCCUCUGGAAUUUUUAUUUUGCAUUUUUCAGGUCGCCAGCGCCAUUCCGGCAAGUCGUUCUGUUAAAUGUGAAGCCCCAGUCAUCCUUUGUGGCUUUUUUGCCUCAAUCAGUUUUCGCUUUUUUCCCACUCCAACGUUCCACCUGUUUUACGUUGGCUUGGCGACUUUAACAGUCGCUAGCAGCAGCAGCAGCAGCAGCGCAAUGCUGGUGCGAAUCUCCUCCGGCAGACAAAAGACAUUCCUGCGACCUGGGCACACAGUCCCAAAACUCUGCGUGACCGACGUAGAAUGCGUCCGACUUGCUGCUUCUGUUCCGAUCAAUUGGCCGCCUCCGCAGGCGUCGCAUAAUAUUCACAGCGCUCGACUUAAAUAAGCAGAACGCGGAAUGCAGCGUAAUUUUUCUGUAUUUCUGUGCACCGGGCAUCCGGACGAGAUCGGAAUAGGGGGGGCCUUAAUGGUCACAUAAUUGCUGAAAAUCACUACUUGCAGCUAUUAGGCAGACUGCGUUCUUAUACUUUGACGCGCCUGAAACGGUUUCGGGCACGAUUAGGGGGGCAGACUAAUAAUAGAACGCUAGAUGGAGCUGUGAACGCACUCAAAGCAGAAGAAGGGCCAUCGACAGGCGGUUGUUUUAUCAAGUUGAGGCGAAAGUUAUAUCCAUUUUUUACUGUAGAUGCUAAAGCGGCUUUGAAACAUUUUGUUUCCGGCACGAAGCCGAAGCAAGUAUGCAAGGCAGGAUGUAUUGAUACCAAAAAAUCUCGCGACGGUUCGUCAGCUGCAUCCUGUCGCUUCAUAACAUAGAUAACGAGUGAGAUGAAUACAGCGGUUUAAAUUCGUGCAGCAAAUCAAUGCAGAAACAACAAGGCCAUAGUUUUGGGCAAUGCCCGCUAAUCGAUAAAAUUAGUAACUCAAACACAGUAUGGGAAAAAUAGUGGAAAUAAGCGUCAAGGAGCGAAAAGAAAAGGGAGGUGAAAAUCAUGGAGCUAAAGGCUGCCAUUGCAAAGUUACGCUAACCACAUCUUCUAACCGCUUGCAAAGAUCUGGUCUCACCUGUCAAAUAUAGGCUGCCUCCAGGUAACGCAAUGUCCGAGUUUUUCGUUCCCGAACAAGUACUCAGAAGGAUGCAUUAGGGUCGACGGAGUGACCACUAGCAAGCAGGUGUUUUGUAAUAGGGGAACGCGGGAUUUCGUUUUCUUGCUUGAGAAGCCAUCUGGGCAGGUGCCAAAUACACCUGACUGUCAACUGCCUUUGCGCUCGCCCAGUGAACUUCCAUCCGCAAGUGCAUGUAAAUUCGUAAGCACAAUUUGAUCUAGCGGGCAUUGGCAAGACAAAAAUUAUUAAAACAGCACCCCCACCCUUAGCAAUUGUUAAGUUUCCGGAAGGGCUUUUGCAACUGAGGUGCCGAGUAACGAAAGGAAAAAACGGGUUUAUUAAAAUAUUACCUGUCUAUGAUGCGUAAUAUUAGCCUUCUUAUUAAUGUUUACCCCUGGUUACGCAAACUUUUUAAUGAAAUUUAUUGCAGGCUUAAUUCCAUAUCAAGAUCAAAUGAAUGCAAUAUUAAACGUGUUUUGCUUUAUGGGGUGCUACCGCAUGAGCUGCCUGAAGAGGAAGACCAACGACGCGACACCCGUUGUGAGUCUUUGCUUACACGAAACUACUAAACAGGAUUGCUGCCAGGAGCAAAAAUAUACAGUGGGUGGAUUAAAUCAUGCAAUGUCAACCGAAAUUCCGAAAUGCGUUUUCGUCUCGGAAAGAUUUAUUAAGUAGCGUUGUAAAACUAGUCAGCCUACUUUAUCAUUAUAUAAUAUUUCAGUUGCCUCAUGAUGCCGGCUUUCAAACGAACUCCCUUCCGGCAGCAUGCAAAAACUACACUUUGUAAAAAAUGACUACUUAAGCAGCAUGAAUUUUUCUUAUUGAUUUUCGGUGCCCCUAAAAGUCCAAUUAUAUUUCAUGCGAAGCAUGCACAAAAAUAUUUAUUCUUUUGCUCAUUCGGUCGAUAAUUACGUUUUUUUUAAUUUUAUGCUCGAAAGAGGAACACAAUUCUGUUUCAAAAAAGUUUAUAAUUGUGGGACUUUCAAAUACGGUUAAACGGCGUUUAUAAAUCGUCAUAUCUUUGUAUUGACCAAUGUUGCUUGUAAAGUUAACAAUAUAGAUCAAAUCCACUGCUUAAUUUUAUGAACCCUAUAUGGCCUACCUUUAUUGCCGUAGAGGAAUGUGUGUUUUUUCAUAUGAGGAAAAUAUACGGCUUGUAGUUCGGAAAUCUUGAAUUCAAGUGUGACGGAAGAGCGGGUUCACAAUUAUUCGGGAAUUGGAAAACUUCUCAAAACCGAAUUAUGUCCCUCUUUUGAACAUAAAAUUAGGAGAUGACGUAGUUUUCUACCGAAUGACCAAAUAAAUUAAUAUUUUGAUUCAUGUUUUCCAUGAAAUAUAAUAGCACUGUUAGGGGCAUCGAAAAUCAGUGAUAAAAAUUCGUGCUGCUUAAGAAGUAUUUUUUUACAGAGUGUAGUUUUUGCAUACGGUCGGAAGGAAGUUCAUUCCAAGCCGGCAUCCUGAGGUAACUGAAAUAUUAUAAAAUUAUGUUGCAUAUUGACUAGUUUUAUAACCAUACUUAAUUAAUCUUUUCUAGACGAAAACGCUUUUCGGAAUUUCGGUUGACAUUUCAUGAAUUAGCCCACCUACUGUAUUUCUAACCACGGUGCUGGACAUCAUCGUUAGACGAUCAGUUGUGGGUACCGACCAGUUCAGGAACCAAGAUAAGGUCUUGAUCUUAAAUGGAUCCCGCUGAGUGCAUGGUGGGAUAUCCAAGGCGUCAUGCACUGCAAACUGUUAGAUAAUUAUAAGCCUGUCAGCACUUGUGUUAUUACUAAAAUGCCCCCCUAAAAUGGGCCACGCGGUAAAUGCUCUGGACCAACACGGGGACUAGGUCAGGGUCCAGUAGGCGUUAUCGGGUAUGCGCGCAGUUCGGGGUGUGGUGGCAGGUCCAGUUGCAGGUCCAUGCACGCCAAUUUGGAUCCAUGUCGCCCCCUGUGGUUGUCGUUGUCGUUUGUUAAAAUCCUGGUCAAGUAUUUUUUGUAGAUCAGGGAGUAUGAUGGUAUGCCUAAGUGCGGGUUUAGGCCAUGCCAACCGCUAUCGCCCCCUCCACUUGCUGCCUUAUUGACUCUGUCUCUAAACAGCAUCCUGGUGGAGAGCGGAAGAGAGCGUUGUAGAUGCAGCGCAAGUCGUCCUUACUCUCACCUUGCUGUGGACCACAAGGUGGACAUCCUCGAAAUCCACGGUUGAACUUCUGUAUUACCAACAGUCUCGCCGUUCAAAGGCUGAUUUAAACAAAGGAAAGAAUCACCUUACAAUACGACACUCUCUGCCUCCACACUAUAAUUUUGCUAACGAUUAACUACAGGAGGUUGUCAGGGUAAAAUACUGCACCUCGUUAUUCUCCCAAAAUUAUCGCCAUCGGAUUUCAAUUUGUGUAUUCAUUUGCAGUACCACUUCCCUAGACAGCGAUUAGCAACACGAUGGAAGUUUUAAAACAAUUUAGCUCCUCAUUUUUCAUCAAAAUUAAGGGACGUUUUCUAUUGGAAGCACUUGAGGAUUAUUUUCUACCGCAUAUAUCAGUGAGUAUCGUUUUUGAUGUUCAGUGUCUAGAAUGAGAGCGGAGUGAAUAUUAGUUCCAACCGAAUACUUCAGUCGUCAGCUUGACAGCGUGCGUGGUUGGUAGGUAAGAGAUAUAUGGCCACGAACGCAAUGAGGAACUGUCUGGGUUUCUACGGGGUCAGAUAUUAGAAUCUGUGCGAGAGAAUAAGAUGUGAGGAAAUCAACGUCGGCAUUUUGCAGUCAACGAAGUGUGGUCUUACCAUAGCAGCCAUGUGGGAAACCGCUGAUGCAGAUAACAGGAGUCGGCUCGGUCAGCGGUGGGCGUGCUAUUGGCCAAGUUACACGCAAGCCUGAAUUGGGCUUUUCCGCGCGUAGACGUCUGGGUCCUACGCAUUCAUCUCUUAUUCAUUAAGCGUGCAUACAGACCAAUUGCCUAACUAAAAAGAUGAAUGGCGGAUAGAAAUGGUUUUCUUGCAUUCUCCGGAGUCCCGGAAUGCCAAUCCCUUAUUUUUUGCAGGGAGUGGUCUACUCCUGUCAGCUAACGAAAGGCGGAUGACUCGGGUCUAGGCCAACAAUCAGAUUUCCCUCGCCUCUAGAUCAUUUCUGGCGACGUUUUGCUCUGAGGCUACUAUGGUCAAAAGACGGUGGACUUUUUGUUAAAAAAGGCAGCGUACGAUUUCAAAGAUAGCAUGAAAAUGCAGAGAUUUGUUUUAGCCGGUCAGCUACUGGCCAAAUAGGCAAUCAUAUGACAUUCCCCUCCAGAAUUUCAUCAGGAAAUGCUUAAAAAUUUUCCUUUACAUGCGGCAGUCUAGAAUGUUUGAGUCUGCGGGUGAAAAUCAACGGAAUAAGUGGCAACUGCCUUCUUCGACGCCGCCGACAAACACGAGGUCAAGGACACUGGCGUUAAUAACUAAUGGUCAAACUCGGUUAAAAAAGGAACCAGGAAACGGCAAACUAUAUCAACUGUCGGCCGUCAGAGUUAACGGGAUCAGAACUUUGCCCGAGAGCACAUAGGGCGUUUCGAAUGUAACUUAAGGCAGUACUCAUGAGUUUUUUUAGCCGGCGCCAACAAGAUUUAGAUGCAGCCACCCCACCCAGGCGUACUGUCAAACUGUCUUGUAUCUCGUAAACAUGGAAACCCCCCAACACCAAGCUAAUGUCAUUGUUAAGAGCUGUUUCUAAUUUAUUAGAUGACGGUAUCAACAGAAGCGACCUCCCCCCCCCCAGUCUAAUGUCAUUGCAUAUGAAAGCACACCUUCCCAAACUGCACAGAUUCUACAAAACCCCGUUUUACUAAAUUUGUGAACCUGCCCGUAUACCCCUAUGUAAUUCCGAUAAAAUAUUAUACCUUAUUGAUAGAAGCAGAUCUUUAUUAUAUCUUCUUUUUCUUUGGCUUAUUUCGCUUUCUAUCACUAACUAUGAAAGUAAGGUGAAUGUACUUUCAAACAUAUUAUUCUCAAAAAAAAACAGUUAACUAUCGACGAAAUGAUUGUAGUUCAGGGGAAUGAAUGCAAUCAUCACACGGUCGAACGUAUUAUAAAUGAGGCCGAUAACCAAAGACGGAGUCUACCUAGACAUAGUAAGUAGGAGCUAUGUGAGCAGAAAUUUCAGGGAGAGGGUGACUAUACUUUAGUUUUGCUGGAGUCAACUAAACAAACUCACGAGCAUUGCUCAGUCGCGAUUCAAGGAAACGCGCAUGCACUCCCAUGCGCUCAAUCAUUCAGUUUUAGAACAGAAGAAUUUCCACCACCAGACACGAGCGAAUAUAAUUUAAAUUCAUAAAGAUGCACGACCUUGGGAAAGGUAAAAUCCUUCAGUCAUAGUGAGCCCUUAUCUUCUCUAGUUUCUAUUCUGUCUUUUGGUAAAGAUCUGCCAAUGCAGCCUCUCAUCAAGUGUGCUUUGCCACUUGAAGACGGUAGAGUCACCUGCCAGAAGUUGUUCUUGGCAGUGAAGAGGUGAAACCUCGAUAAGUACUCUGAUGCCCUGCCAAUACUGAUAAGUAAGAGCCCCUGUGUCAUAGUUUUAAUCUGUGGUAAAACAUUACUUGACUGUUGCAAAAUUUUUUUCUUUAAGCUGGUGUGGUUUAAGUCCUCCUCCUGUGAAUGCAGCCAAUUCGAUAUGCCGAUGUUAAUUCAUCGCCUAAUCUCUCCUGGCCUCAUGGGAUUGAACCCACCUUUAAUUCGAGAUGUAAACUGGUGUACUCUGGGCAGAUUUCCCAAUCCCCUUUAAGUUUGUCAAAAUUAUUUAGGCGCUAUGUGGACGCGCGUAUUUUCCGUCCGAUUGAAUACUGCCUUCCUAGUCUCGCCCGGAUUUUUGAAAGGGAUAUCUGUGCGUUUCCAUCGCUCGCAUGCGUGUGGAGUUCAGACCGCCCGGCUCCCCCUGUGUGAACAAUGGGUGUGUUGUAUUGGAAGCCAGCUCGUGUGCGGCACGCGUAGGUAGACUGUCUAGCCUUGCCAACCACUCGCACCCAAUUCCCGCUCAAACAACGAACUGGUGCGCGGGGGAGGGAAGAGAGAGAGAAAUGUCGACUCCGGCGACUUCGUCUCUACUCCACUCAAAGCAUGUUUCUCGUUAUAAGCAAUAUGAUGUCCCUCUAAACAGUUAUGCUGCGCCAAAGGCCGAGGCAUGGAAGGUUGCCAACUGGUAGGGUAAGGUUUCAGUGGCAUUUCCGCCCCCUCUGACAUGCGGGCCAUCACUUUUUUGUUUAUACGUAAAACUGGUCCAUUUUACGCAACUCAGGCGUGUGUGACACGCGCAGAGGAACCGUUCAGCUUGGUGAGUCACUGCACCGGAUCCCUCCUCCGACCUUCUUGACUCUAUCCUGAGGCGGGUCACAAGUGGAGGGGAAGGGAGUGCACUAGAUUCAGCACAAGUCUCCUACCACCAUAAACUAAUUCCUUAGCCAGGUACCGGUACUGCGCCCGCCCUGCUGAGAAUACUGACAUUCACGGUAGCCAGAGUGUCAUGUGUUCCUAUCACCAGCCGUUUGACUGACGCCGACAGUCAUUUAUUGCAUGCACUUCUCUACGGUGUUAAGAGGAGACCAUAUGAGGUUCAUAAAAUUAAGCAGUGGAUUUGAGCAAUAUUGUUAACUUUGCAAGUCACAUUCGUAAAUGCAGAUACAUGACGUUUCAUGAACGGCCAUUUAACGGUAUUAAAAAAUCGCACAAUUAGAAACUUUUUUAAAACCGAAUUAUACCCUUCUUUCGAGUAUAAAAUCGGAAAAAGACGCGAUUUUCUACCGAAUAAGUGAAAGAAUGAAUAUUUAUAUGCAUGUUUUCCAUGAAAUAUAAUUGAAUUUUCACGGGCAUCAAAAAUCAAUGAAAAAAUUGCAUGCUACAUAAGUAGUCAUUUUUUGCAGAGUAUAGAUCUUGCAUGCAGCCGAAAAUAAGUUCUUUCGAAAGCCGACACCCUGAGGUAACUGGAUCAUUAUAGAUUUAUGCUGCAUCAUGAUUAGUUUUACAACACUACUUAAUUUAUCUUUUCGAAAGGAGAACGCAGUUCGAAAUUUUGGUUGACAUUUCAUGAGUUAGCACAUCUACUGUAAGUCCGGAACGCCUGAAUCAAUGACGACGAGCCAGAAUCAUGGCUUUAAGGGUUUUCAACUGCCUGGGUAACUUAACCCUCAUGGGAAUAUUUUUGGAGUGACAGGGGGAUUGACGGGCUGCACUGGUUGCUUCUCAAUGUGUUAUCUGUGGCGUCCUUAUCCAUGCGAAAGUCGGUCAACCCUUAGCUUGACCUAGCACAUGUGUUUGAGAGCAGGCCGUGUGUGGCACAGGUAGACGAUUUUUUUGGUUUCGUCGGUCGCCCUGGCCUGGUAUUGCAAGUGUAUAAGAGAUAGUCAAGUAAGUGCCUCGCAAGUCUGUUUCACUACAAGCAAAUUUCUGCAAGCCAGUCACUACUGGAUCAACCGCCUGGAAUAACGAUAGACCGCAAAGAACCAACUUUUCUGUGCGCAUUAAGGCAAUAGUAAUGCAGAAAAUAAAAAAAGAAAACGGAAUGGUGGUGUCAUGGCUUGGGAACAAAACUUCCUCGGAACUUCUACUGGUCUCGAUUGCAAACUUGGACCGGCAAAUCAAUUGGUUGAACUUUUGAUGAACAGCUGAUCGGGCUUUCAAUCUCAAGUUUCCAAUGCUCGAUGAUGACGACUAGUCAAAAAAGCACUCCAACCUCCUUGGCCUUUCGAGACAUUUCUUCUGACCUGCAUAGGAGAAAAAUUAGAUUAUUAGAUUAUUUCACUGCUCGAGUACACAGGUGGCAGCCGAUAACAUCACUGUACUGCAGGUUUCUUGGGUUGAAAGGAUGACGAUGAGCAAAUAUCACAGUCAGUGAACUUUCCGGAGACAGGAUAUGACUUUUUCGCGUGGUCCUAUAUUUUGGUAACGCUGGGAUGCUAUCUUAUUGGUCGGGCUAAUUAUUUAGCCGUCUCCUAUUCAUUAUGGAAGCGUUAAAAAUCGAGAUUUAUGCAGGGACAUUGGAAUGACAAUUUCUGGUUUAUACAGUAGAUGUGGUAACUCAUGAAAUGUCAACCAAAAUUUCGAAAUACGUUCUCGUUUAAAAAAGAUAAACUAAGUAGUAUUGUAAAACUGAUCAUGAUGCAGCAUAAAUCUACAAUGAUCCAGUUACCUCAGGGUGUCGGCUUUCAAAAAAACUUAUUUUUGGCUGCAUGCAAGAUCUAUACUCUGCAAAAAAUGACUACUUAAGUAGCAUGUAAUUUUCUCACUGAUUUUCGAUGCCCUUGAAAAUUCAAUUAUAUUUCAUGGAAAACAUGCAUAAAAAUAUUCAUUCUUUUACUUAUUCUGUAAAAAAUCACGUCUUCUUCCAAUUUCAUACUCAAAAACGAGUAUAAGUCGGCUAUAAAAAAGUUUCUAAUUGUGAGAUUUUUUUAAUACCGUUAAAUGGCCGUUCAUGAAACGUCAUGUAUCUGCAUUUACGAAUGUGGCUUGUAAAGUUAACAAUAUUGCAUACAUUUCUCUACGGUAUUAAGAGGAGGCCAUAUGAGGUUUAGAAAAUUAAGCAGUGGAUUUGAGUAAAAGUUAAGAGUGCACCAUAGUCAACUCGCUAACAGAAUUCUUGGAGAAACUUAAAAAAGGAAUCUUCUUCCAGAAGAUGUCAUGAUAUCUCUUAAUGUCACGUCCCUUACUGCUUCAAUUCCCUAGGAUCUGGCAGUCGAAACCGUCAAAACACUCCUGCAGAACAAAUACGAUGAAACGAAAAGUCGCCUGCGAAAUGCUGAAAUCCUUUAACUCCUGAAGUUCUGUUCCUAGACGUACUUCAAGUUCGACGGAACAAUCUACGGGCAGGUGAAAGGCUCAUCGGUGGGUGCAGAGAUUUCGGCUAUUAUAGCUGAGGCGGUACCGCGACGGUUUAAGCCACUGGUCUUCCGACGCCACAAACCGAAAUUCUGGACUCGGUAUUCGGAUGACAUCCUUGUUGUCAUCUAACGGGAUCAGGUGGUAGCAUCCAAGGAAUAUCUCAGCGCCAUCUUUCCGGUCAUAGAAGUUACGAUGGAGAAGGAGGACAACAGUCAGUUAGUUUUCCUUGAUGCUCCCAUCUACCGCAGAAAUCGUGAUGGCCUGAAAACUGUAGUGUCCAUAAACGCAAUCAAUACGACGCAGGUACCGAUCUUAAACGGCCGCCAUCACAUCAGCCACAAAUGUAAUUACGUAAAGACGCUAUGCCGGCGUGUUGAACCGCAUUGCAGCUAAUCUGAAGGCAGUAUCUUUGACGGUUGCAUGGGACGAAUGGUUACCCCACAAAUUUGUCGACCGGUGCUGGCGAGAACGCGACGACAGACAAUAGUCAACCAGCCCCAGAUUUUGGCUGGCACUCUCAUUCGUCUCGGAAGCCGUUAGCCGCCUUCUCACACAACUCGAAGUUAGAGUUGUACAUGAGGCUGCCAUGACAGGAGACACCUUGAGCCGUUUACCAGAUCUGAUGCAGUUGUGGACAAAGCAAUUGUAUCGGAGAAACCGAAUGAUCGUUCCGAACGCGAAUGCGCCAUCAUGCAGCAGCAAUGAGGUGAGAUGGCGCUAGAUCCCAGGUCGCGUCCCAUUCGGUGGGACCCAUCCAUAUCUUUAAGUAAGACUAGGCUGAAGUUUUCGUAGGAGGUGCUUGCGUCAUGGUCCUUCGGCGCGCAUUCAAUUAACAAGCACAGUGACCUCCCAUCUCCAUUUUCUGUGCUGCGAUUUAGACUAAGCAAAAUCAGCAGCCACGCUAGGAGGACGCGGGCGACCGAGAGUUUCUGUGACAGUGAUCCAACCUGCUAAAUAAUCUUUCCGCCAAGAUUUAACAUUUUUGCGACUGCCUUCGAUGUGCGUUUCAAGAGGAAACCCGAGAAUUCAGAUCACUAAAACUCUUGUUCCAGCGAUCGAUCUUCUUCUUCUGAUCUGCUUUCUGCAACUCGCCUAUUCGCUUCUAUCGACGAUGACCAUUUCGGAUCCAGUUGUCAUCGUCGGCACCCCAAAAUCCACUACACUAGAGCGACCCUAAUAUCCGAGUCAUUUCAGGGCACUUUUGUUUUAUCUAUACGAAACCUUAGUUAGCGACCGGUUAUCGUCAAUAUGAAAUAUACAGUCAGCAAUCACGCAAGGGAACCGCGUGGUAAUUCGUAGUUCAUGGUCACUGAAGUGGAAGUGACGGAGUUCCACACAAUCCGAUAAAUUCCGUUAGCAAGUCUGCUCGACCACUCGCUGGAUUUAGAAAAUAAAGAUGGUCCAAGUAGGGCUUGAAGCACACACAGGGAAGUGCAUGUAAACUGACAACUGGAGUAACCGCAGCUGGCGUACGAACACUUCUUCCCCCGCGACACAUUCACCCACUGGGUUAAAAAGUUGAGGAACAUGUAAAUACGUGAUAUUUGUAAAGUCAGCAUACUUGCAUCUACUUGAAUUUUUGGAAAACUUACCAUAUGAUUUCACUCAGGUGGAGCUGCAGAACCAAACCACGGCAGGAAAUCGUCUCUUGUUUAAAUUACGCACUCGCAGAUGAAGCAUCUCUAGGUUUUAGUGAGUUUUUCACUUCACGAAUAAUUUUGGGCUCGAUAUGCCGUUGAAUUUGCUUUAAGGGUUUCAACCGAUGGUUAUACGUUUUCCGAGUACGAAAUAGCAGAGAUUCUUUCGUGCCAUUAAGAUACCAUAUAGAACUCACAAAAUGUCGCAUUAGAUGCAGAUUAAACUGCAUACUUUAUAAGUAGUAUUGAGUAAUAGACAGACAUGACGCUACUUGAGUGGACAUCGCACGGUUUAAAAACCCCAUAAAUGCAAGCUUUUAUAAAAACGUGGUUGACCCUUUCUUUGAGCCUAAAAUUUAAAGAAGACAAUAUUUCAUACUGAACGAGAAUAAAAAAUAUGUUUACUUAGUGUUUUCCGUAAAAUACAAUCGGGGUUUACAACACAGUGGAAAAUAAACUUAAAAAACUAAUUAAGCAGUCAUUUUUACCAAGUGCGCCUUUUGCGGGCGCCUGAAAAGAAGUCCAUUCGAAAGCCGACAUCCCGGCAUGUCGGAAAUAUUCUGCGUUUAUGCCACAAGGCAAUUGUUAUCGCAACUCCACUUAGAUAAUUCUUCCUGGUAGAACAUAUAUUUUAGAAUUACGAUUUACUGUUCAUGAGAUCAGUUACUAGCUGCAAUUUCUGCGGAUAAGGUUGGCCUAUCUUCUAGAAAGUGCAAUUAAAUACAUAGAAGCGCUUAACAUCAGUAGCAAAAUUAUGGUCAUUUGUACUGCGACUUUUACUGAUCUAAAUACCUCACGGGGUUGAAAAAAAUCUGAAUACAAGUCGUCGAGCAGGCAGGUAUGAGACAGUUUGGAGUUAUACUCCAUAAUGAACAGAUUUAAAACCUCAUGAAACUUAUAGUUUCCGGAGAAAAACAUAUUUAUAUAUCCUAGCUAGGUCUCCAUCGUUCAUGGUACCUUUUAUAGAUCCGAUAACUGUAUAAUAUUUUCCGGGGAACAUUUUUUGGAGUGGAAGGACCUGUUUGGUUUAAAAACAAAAAUUAUAUCUAGUCUUCUGAGCACGCUCACUCCUACCGAUCGCAGGGGAGAAAGAUGGCAGACCACGUAACCGCGUGUUCCAAAUUUUCAACUAGAUGUCCUAUUAGUUUAUUCGGUCAGAUGCGGUUAUGUAGCCCCACCUGAAGUGGACAAACUCUAGCCACCUGUAAUACGGGACCGGUGGUAAUAGGAGUUUUUACAGGUAGGGCCGGGAACGCACAGACGAUGAGGUCAAGUAGCUGUAUGCGAAAGAAAAGCUAUUGGGAAUGCGCGGUUGUACUUUGAGUAGUUGAGAAAUCGUUGCCCUAACCCCUAACCAUAACCCCUAGCCCUAACCCCCUAACCCUAGCCCCAACAGCAUUGUGUCCGUCAGGUGAGGCUACAUAACCACACCUUACCGUUUAUUCUUUCACAGCUAAAAAAAUAGGCAGAAAUGCGUUAACCUCCACUGGGGACUAAAUGCGAGGGGAGAAUGAUUCCCGCACUGCUUACAUCUUAAGUGACCUUUAUUUGAAAAUCGCGAAGCGACUGGAGGCACACAGGCAGGCAGUGAGAUAACGAGAUGAAAAUGGGAAUACCGUCUAACAUUGUGCUGGAGGAGACAGGCUUUUCGAAAGGAGUGGUGGUGUGGAGACUACAACGAGGAGAUAAUUGCUAAUUUGAGCAGUAUGCACUGAUGUUUGGCUGCGGAAAGCAUUACCUCCCAGCAGCAGAUAAACCGCAACCCCGCAAGUUGAUCAUAAUUGAUCGUUUUUAGGCCAGGAGGACAAACAUUGCGAAAGCCCAAUAAUUUCAUUAUGUACCAACCUGGAAAUCGAUCAAAAUUGUUCGCUUUCUCGGCCGAUCGAUUCCGCUAGCAGUUAAUCACAAAAGUCCUAUGCAAAUGCUCUACUAGUUAACUAGGGGCUCGAUGGUGAAAACGCCAGGAGGGUUUGUGAGUUUGAUAGUAAACAUCCACGAGACUACGAACUGCCAAAAUCUAUUUGUAGUACUUCCAUCACAAGCUUCAGUUCUGUUUACAAACACCUUUUGUGGGCUUUGCGAAAAAAGACCAAAAUCUCCAGUCUGUCAAUAGGCCUUGGGACUCCUUUGCAGUUUCUGGAAAGUCCUGUUAGUUAUGAAGGAGGUUCGGUCGCCGGAACAGGAAUGUUGCUUACCUAACGUUUCAGCUUCCCCCUCGAAGACAUCAUCGGCGACGCCAAAGGAAAAAACCGGCUUACGAAAUGGACGUGCAGUCUUAUGAAAUACACCUGCUCCCUAACCUCACCCACAAUUGUCUUAGAUGUUCAGACCUGACGCAAUGGUUGCUUGAUCGUCCAAAUUUGGGCAACUUGUUGUCGCUAAUCCACCCCGGGUUUCCGAUUAGUAUAGUAAUUACAGAAUUGCUUGGUCUGUCAGUACCAGAAGGGGAACGCUUAACCCACAUAAUUACGCAUUUUGAUUGGAGGACAAGAUCAAAAUUUCGACCAUCAAAAUCGGCGAUGUCUACCGCGUGCCCCACGAAGCGAGUGCAGCAGCGGCGAUUAGUGCGCAAAUUAGCUUGUUGUAGGGAAGGCUUGCGUAGGAUCUAUCGCACUCUCUCGCCCUCUUGCCUCAUUUACCUUUCUACACGCCCAAUCGAAGUGGGUUACGCGCGGUCUGGUCCCCAAUUGAGAGGCUCGGACAUUCAACAUAGAGCGGACAGACCGACAACAGUUCAACCGUCGUUUCCAACUAUGUGUAUUGUAUGCUACACAGCGAGCUGAGAGCAGGCACGGUGAAUUGCGCAGCAUCUACCACCCUCUCUCUUUCCCGCUUCCCACUUGGACCCGAUGUCAAAACAGAGUCAAGAAGACCGGAGGUGGGGGAGGGUGCGGGUUGAUGGCCCGGUUGAGCCCGCGCCUUGGCAUUCCACUCCACACACCAUUACAGCAGCCUGGUACUUAUCCCUGUCAACCACUGAGCCCGCACUAUCCCCGAUUGUCUCAACAUUGCUUUAUCACCGAAGUAAGGUCGCUGUUGUUGCAACCGCUCCGUUGGGUUGGCGAUGUCGUCGUUGUCGUGUAUGCGUGUGAUAACGUAGCAACUUCAUUCUAUGAAUACCACAACUCUUAGGCUUUUGUUAUUUGAUGCUACUGUCCUCGUUGAUAAUAGGCUUGAGAGAUAAUUCCAGCCAGGCCCUUAGGACGUCCUAUUCAAGCAAUCUUGCCGCAUUUUUCUUGCUUCUAUAAGUUACAGCAAAUUUCCGCCCACUCCUCGAAGUUGAGUGAUGACCCUUCGCAUACUGAUGGUUGAUCUGGUUCAUUACGCAUGCAGCGGGAGCGUGACGAUAUGCUAAUGAGGCACCACUAACACCUCGUGUGUCCUUGGAUGUUUUCUGAGAACACUCCGAUCAAAGGAUCCCCGGGCACAAUACAGCCCGUGCAUGCCAUAACGGAUGGGCUUCUAGCGCAUCGUAGCAAAUGUACACAACAACCCUAACAACCUUAUGAGAUUUGCGUUUACUAAGUCACUUCCACCUUGAAGUUAAGAUGAUUCGAAAGGCUCAGCUACCGUUUUCUGUUGUAUUUUGAUUCAACUUUUGUGAAUGGCUGGGGACGGGGAAAGAUUUAUAUGAAAAGCAGCUUUCAACCGUGAGAUUUGAAGCUCAAACCUAUUGAGUCAGAUCUUAAAAGACAAGCGCAGGCCUUUUUCAUCCCACUCAGAUAUCGCUUCCGGAGGCCACCAUAAGGCGCCAGGUGAUGAGACCAAAAGACCCACUGCCACGGCAAGGAACAUCUGGAGUUCUUUACCGGAUCUGGUGCAGUUGCGGUCAAAGCAACUACGUCGGAGAAACUGGAAGACUGCUCCGAACGUGAAUUGCCGAACACGCGGCAGCGGUGCGGAGAAAUGACGCCAAAUCUCAGACCGCGGCCCAUCCGACGAGACCCGGCCACACACUCAAGUUCGAUGAGGCCGAAAUUCUCGCGAGAGGGGAUAAUUGCGUGGUCCGCAAGUUGCUUGAGUCAUGGUUCACGGGGCCCCAGUCUAUCGACAAGUGCAACGACAUUCCCACUCCAUAGUUCGUGCUGAGGCAAAGGCUGGCCAAAGCAAUUGACCACUCGGGAAGCGCGCAAGCCGGUGAGCCAGACGGCCGAGCAAUCAUCACGCCAGCAUCCAGCACGGGUGAUGAGCUUUCAGCAAUAAACAACUUGCAUGUCGGCCAUUAAGCAAUUAGCACACCAGCGGGCAACAAUUCUUGAUGAAGGCGAGCGCGGUUAAUUACUGUAGAUAUGCGGUAGCAUAGCGACUAUAUCCUAUAGAUACUGCAACUUCCUGUCCACGAAUCACCUAUUUCUAUCACUGUCUUUGAUGACGGGCUCAGGUGUGAAUCCGAAACGUCAGGCAAAUAAAGCUCCUAUUCAAGUGAUAGCUUCAUAUCAAUUAGGUCCUGGAACUCGCACAUUCGCUUGUAUCGGCGAUGAUGAUGGUGAUGGUGAUGAUGAUGAUGAUGGUGGUGGUGGUGGUGGUGAUGAUGAUGAUGAUGAUGAUGAUGAUGAUGAUGAUGAUGAUGAUGAUGAUGAUGAUGAUGAUGAUGAUGAUGAUGAUGAUGAUGAUGAUGAUGAUGAUGAUGAUGAUGAUGAUGAUGAUGAUGAUGAUGAUGAUGAUGAUGAUGAUGAUGAUGAUGAUUGA